GUUGGGGGGCGGGGGACGGAGCGCGAUCUUGUAUUUCCCCGUCCAUUAGUACUGAUAGGUGCGUAGGCAGAUUUCGUUUCCUCUCCCGGGCCGGAAGCAGUGUCCAUGGGGGAUGUUUAACGUUGCCUAUGAGCAAUUACGGCAACCGGAGGAGGCCAAAUGAGUCGUUAUCGGAACGAGAGAAUAAGGGUUAGAGGGCCUUCCUUCCCCGCCCCCAUCGUUGUUCCGAUGUCCCAGUAACAGAAGUUAGUGUCUUUCAAGACCGUAAUGGCUGUUCCUCUUGGAUGUGAAUAUGGAGGCCACAGGGACAGAUGAAGUAGAGAAAAUAAAAUCAAAAUUUAUGUCUGCAUGGCACAAUAUGAAAUACAGCUGGGUGUUAAAAACAAAAACUUACUUUAGCAGAAAUUCUCCUGUCUUUUUGCUGGGAAAAUGUUACCACUUCAAGACUGAUGAGCCAAGUGAACUGUCUCCAAAUGGAUCAAGUUACGAUAUUAAUGAUGAAAUAGUAUCUAGAAAUGUUGAGGAGUUCCGCAAAGACUUUAUUUCUAGAAUAUGGCUGACAUACAGAGAAGAAUUUCCUCAAAUCAAGGGCUCAGCAUUAACAACAGACUGUGGCUGGGGUUGUACCCUGAGGACUGGUCAGAUGCUUCUAGCGCAAGGACUUAUUGUUCACUUUCUAAGCAGAGACUGGACCUGGCCAGAUGCAUUGAUCUCUGACAAUUUAGAUGCUGAAUCAUGGACCAGCCAUACAGUAAAAAAGUUCACUUCAUCACUUGAAGCAUCAUUUACAAGGGAGAGAGAAUGCAAGAAUCUGGUGAUCCAUCAAAAAAAAGUUCCUAAAGAGGUUUGGGGGCACAGAGAAAUGACAGAUGAACACUGCCACCGAAAAAUAAUCUCUUGGUUUGGUGAUUCCCCAUGUGCAAAUUUUGGCUUGCAUCGGCUGAUAGAAUAUGGAAACAAAUCUGGAAAAAUAGCAGGAGAUUGGUAUGGGCCAGCUGUUGUAGCACAUCUUUUAAGAAAAGCUGUUGAGGAAUCAAGGGACCCUGAGUUACAAGGAAUUACCGUGUAUGUUGCUCAAGACUGCACAGUUUACAAGUCUGAUGUUAUUGAUAAACAGUGCUCUUUUGUGGAUCCUCAAAAAACAGAUACCAAAGCUGUGAUUAUAUUAAUUCCUGUUAGACUUGGUGGUGAAAGAACCAACAUGGAAUAUCUAGAGUUUGUGAAGGGAAUUUUGAGUCUUGAGUACUGCAUCGGUAUUAUUGGAGGCAAACCUAAGCAGUCAUACUACUUUGCUGGAUUUCAAGAUGACAGUUUGAUUUACAUGGAUCCUCAUUAUUGCCAGUCUUUUGUAGAUGUCAGCGUAAAGGAUUUCCCCCUUGAGUCAUUUCACUGUCCUUCUCCCAAAAAGAUGUCUUUUAAGAAAAUGGAUCCUAGCUGCACAAUAGGUUUAUAUUGUCAAAAUGUGCAAGACUUUGAGAAGGCUUCUGAAGAAAUAACCAAGAUUCUGAAAUCCUGUUCUAAGGAGAAAUAUCCGUUGUUUACCUUUGUAAAUGGACAUUCUAGAGACUAUGAUUUUGUGAUGAGUCCAGUCCGGGAAGAGAGAACCUUUUUCUCUGAGGAUGAAAAUAAAAAACUGAAACAUUUUAGUAGUGAAGAUUUUGUCUUGUUGUGAGGAUGUUUUAAACUAGAGUAUUGGCAGCUUUCCAGGAGAACAUUUACCCUUUGAACAAACAUGGACAAACAACACUGAACAUGGUAUUUUUUUUUGAAGUUUUAAAGUUUGUUAUGUGACUGUAGACUUGAAGAACGCUUUGUAAACGUAUAAAAUUAAUUAUUUUCUUUGGUAGAUUAAUAUUAUGAAACUUUUUGGCAAAGACCCAUGUUAUUGUACCAAUCCAGGUAUGGUAAAGUGUGCCAGGCUUGCUAACUGCUUUGCACUGUUCUGUGUAGCUUCUAGCAAUUCCAGGUUCAUUUCAGUUCUUGACAACAGUCUGAACACACAACUGUUGAUUAAUUUCAUUUAGGUUAAUUUUUGAUCAUUUGGGAAGGUGUGUAGUAAAUCGUUUCUGUAAAUGUCAUAGGGAACUUUAAUCCAGCCGGCCAUCAGUCAACCUUGAGGGCCCACAAGAAGUGGUCCAAUGUAACUCGUUCAGCACAUCUGCCAUAUACAACCAAUUCAGUUGAGAGCAAGUGCUGAGGAUACCUUCUUAUUUGUAAUUUCAGUAUAAUUUGAAGCAAGGGGCUGUGAAUGAAAAGAAAAUUAGUGUUUAGCUCAUUUUUCUGCCUGAGCCCUGAUAUUGUUUAAUAAUAUAAUCAUUAAAUGCCAAGCUCAAAAUGCAUUUUGCUCAGGGAUGCAUCUGUAUCAGUAGUAUUUUUAAUGGCAAUGCUGAUGCAAUUAUGUAAGCGAAGUAGCGAGUUAUGAUGCUGCUUAGCAGUAUGAUCUUAUAAUGACUACUCAUUAAGAUUGUAGUUGAACUUUAAUAGGAGGAAGUAAUAAUGUAUUGGCUUCCCCCCCUCCCCCCACAAUCUUAAAAGGUAUGUUAUUAAUAUUAAACUGCAACCAGUUAUAAUGGACAAAAACAAUUAUUAGGUGUGAGCUGAGUUUUGUUUUCUGCCUCCAAAUAUAAUUUGGAUGUCUAUAUUAUUAACAGUGUAGUUUUAAAAUCAACCUACAUCACUACAUGGUUGAGAGUCCACAGCUUUGUGAUAUUAAUAGUUCCUUUUCAUUUAGAAAUGCCAAUAAUCAAAUUUUCAUUGUAUUACUAAUAUGUAAAUGUCUAACAGCAGAAACAACAAGCAGCACCUGAACAGUACGGAAAAGAUAACUAUUGCUUUAAUAAAAAGGUGAAAAUAUUGGAUGUACAUGUCUUCCUUAAAAAGAUGUAUUUUCCCCAUAAGACUGACUUUAUUCUGCCCCUUAAAGUAGCAAGCUGUGUAAAGUGACCUGGUUAUUUGUUCUGUUUGUUGAUCAAUGUGAACUUACUCAAUUGCUACUGUCAAUCUGAAUAAUAAACAUUCUGUAUUCCUGCUUUUCACAAAACCAUGAAGAUA